CUGGGUUGAGAUUCCUUCGCUUUGCUACUUUCGGGCUUCGCGGAGGUGGCGUUAUUGGAUUCGGUCGGAGCGAUGGUUUAGACUCAACACAACCAAUAGAAGACUAUUGUCUCCGCUUUCCAGCAUCAUGAUACGGUUGAGACCUGGCAGGCUGGCUUUGAGACAUCGGUUACGCGGUUGUUUCGGCAGUUGCAAGGCUUCAAUGGCUCUCUGGGUAAGACGAUGUCACAGUCUGGGGCCUGGGCAGUUCGAUCGUAUUCCCUCAUUAUUUGGGUAUGAGGACAAUCAAGCUUGCAUGCCCGUACAGACAGCAGCACCAGAUUGCGGUCGCAAAAGGCAUGCUCAGGCACGUGUUUAGCAUAAUCUUUCGGUUGGCCGCAGAUUGCUUCACUUCUAUUAUCUCUCUAGCUUGCAGAGCAUCUCUUUAUCCUUUACCCAAGUAGCUUCACGCUUGCC